GCAAAGAAGAGGAAAGCAAAGAAACAGAAAGAGUUAGUGUGGCAUGAGCACCAGUUUCCUGUUAUAGCUCAUGACGAACGAAAUGAAGGAAAACAAGCAGAACAAACGUUCGAUACUCCACCUGUUCGGCUGUGACGGAGCAAGUCACCAUGGACUCACCUGCAUCUACUUGUUCUUGCUGUUCCAAUCGUUACCGUACGCCGCUGCACAGGGUAGUAAUCAACCGCCACCUGUCGAUGCAUAUGGCUUCAACGCCAACUUCAGUCCUUCCAUGGUCAUUAUACUCAUCGUCCUUAUUAGUGCAUUCUUCUUCAUGGGCUUCUUCUCCAUCUAUAUCCGUCAGUGUUCCGAGAAUCGUAACGGCGGAAGCGUGCGCCCUAAUUUCAUGGGCGGCGGAAUGUCACGAAGGGCAAAUCGCGGGCUCGACGAGGCUGUGCUCGAAACCUUUCCAACCUUCGAAUACUCAGUCGUGAAAGGGCUCAAAUUGGGGAAAGGAGCGCUAGAGUGUGCCGUAUGCUUGAACGAGUUUGAAGAUGACGAGAUGAUUCGAUUGCUUCCAAAGUGCGACCAUGUGUUCCACCCCGAGUGUAUCGAUGCUUGGUUGUCUAAUCGAACGACGUGCCCUGUCUGUCGAGCUGAUCUCGUGCCUGUACCAGGCGAAACACCUGCAAUUACAGUGCCAGAACAGGAUUUGGAAGGUGCAUCAGAAGGGGAAAUCCGGAGAUCGGAAACAGUGGACGCAGAGAACGAAGAAGUUGAAGUUUCCAUUCAUGUAAUAAGCGAAGAAGAAGCACCAAGACAGGCGCCAGAGGUAAUUAAUCCGGUUCAGAUACCAAUGCAGAACCGGCCAACGAGAUCAAGAUCGACGAGACCAAGAUACGCUGGGAGAUUUCCGCGGUCGCAUUCGACGGGGCACUCGCUGGUUCAACCGGGAGAGGAUAUGGAGCGAUUCACCCUCCGGCUUCCUGACGAAGUGAGGAAGCAAAUCAUGAACAAGAGGCUGAACCGGACCAGGAGCAUGGUGGUGUUCCCAAGAGUAGGGAGUUCAAGGAGAGGUUACCGGGUGACCGGAGAAGGGAGUGGUAGAGGAUCGAGGUUUCAGAGGCUGGAAAUGGGGGAGAAACAGGAGGGAUGGGUGUUCUCGAUGACACCUCCCUUCUUCAUGAGGGCGGCUUCAGCUCGUUCGCAAAAGAUGACAGCCGAAGGUGAUCCUCCGGUGACUAAUCCUCUUCCUCCUCUUCCUCCAAGACCCUUUAGGUCGUCGUUGCGAGGGAGCAGGAAAUCUGACGGAAUAGGGCAGUCUUCCACUCGCCCUCCGGUUUGACUGUCAGCACCGUUAACUAAUUCGAGUUAUUUUUUUUAUAAUUUUAU